GCGCGGGCAGCGGCGAGCGGCGGCGCGGCCCCGCUGGACGGCGCGUCCCGCCGCGGCGCAGGAAAAGAGGUUCCCGGCGGCGCCUCGGGCUCGAAGCCUCCCCGGGGCCGAUCCGGUGGGACGGGGUGGCCGGAGCAGGGGGAGAAUGAAGCGGUGACGACUCCGGACAGAAGCCUGGGCACCUCCGAGCGGGCCUCACCUGUGCACCAGAGCCCCCCGAGCCUCCAGCCGUGCCCGCAGCCCCUGCCCCAGGCGGGAUGAACAUGGUAAAGAGCCCGGAGCCGCUGCCGCAGCGGUUGGCGGGGAUGGUGGCUGUCCGGGAGACGUCUCCAGCCUGGUCUGCGCUGGGAGAGGAGGGGCCGGCGACCAUGAAAAAGGAGAAGAGCCACGGGCAGGAUGAGGCAGACUGUAGGACAAAGCUGAUCCUCAUCAACGGGGACAAAGCACCUAGCGUUGUCCUGGAGGCCAAUGGGAAGCCCAGCACUCCAGGUUCCAGGGGCCUGGGGCUGCUGCCCCUGAAGAAGGAGAAGGAGAGCAAUGGAGACCUCUCCAAGGGGGACCUGGCCUGGCCACUGGAUCUGCCAGUGCAGAGAGCAGGGCGGACCCGGCAGGAGACGCGGCUCAAGGACCCAGCCCGCAGCGUGGAGCCUCUCAGGGAGCUGCCAACGCCCCUGCGGAGCUCCAGGCGUCGCUCUGCCGUGCCCACGCCCAUGACCAUCGACCUGACGGAGGAGGACUCGCAGGACUCAUCCCAGAGCAGCAGCACACUCUCGGGGAGCAGCUCCCAGGAGGGCCAGAACGGCUCUGCUGACCUGGGGGCCGAGGAGGCAGAGAGCGGAGACAUGGGCAUGGCACUGGAGUACCAGGAUGGGAAGGAGUUUGGAAUUGGGGAGCUUGUCUGGGGGAAGAUCAAAGGUUUUUCCUGGUGGCCUGCGAUCGUCGUGUCCCACAGAGCCACGGCCAAGCGCCAGGCCGUGUCGGGCAUGCGCUGGGUGCAGUGGUUUGGAGACGGGAAGUUCUCUGAGGUUUCUGCAGACAAACUGGUGGGACUGAUGGCCUUCAGGCAGCAUUUCAAUUCCUCCACGUUCAACAAGCUGGUGUCCUACCGCCGUGCCAUUUACCACGCUCUGGAGGUGGCCCGGAGCCGGUCGGGGAAGACGUUUACAACAGGCCCCAGGGAAUCUCUGGAGGAGCAGCUGAAGCCCAUGAUCGACUGGGCAAUCACUGGCUUCAAGCCCCUGGGGCUGAAGGGACUGCGGCCACCCAAAGGCUCAGAGAAUGGGGUGCUGAGGAAUGGCACAGAGGAGGUGGUGUCCCUUGAGCAGUGUCCCCCCACCAAGAGGCUGAAGACCUACCCCUGCAACAGCAGCAAGGAGCAGCGUGUGGAAGAGGACCAGACCCGAGAGCAAAUGGUUUCUGACGUUACGAACAACAGCGGGAACCUGGAAGAUAGCUGUUUGUCCUGCGGGAGGAGGAACCCGGCCACCUUCCACCCACUGUUCAAGGGGGGCCUCUGCCAGACAUGCAGGGAUAGAUUCCUGGAGUACUUCUACAUGUAUGAUGAAGAUGGGUACCAGUCCUACUGCACCGUCUGCUGCGCAGGCAAGGAGCUGCUGCUCUGCAGCAAUGCCAGCUGCUGCAGGUGCUUCUGUGUGGAGUGUCUGGACGUGCUGGUGGGGCGAGGGACGUCAGCCAGAGUGAAGGAGCAGGAGCCCUGGAACUGCUACAUGUGCCAGCCCCAGCAGAACCGUGGCGUGCUGCAGCGCCGGCAGGACUGGAAUGCUCGCCUGCAGGACUUCUUCACCAGUGACAAGGGACAGGAAUAUGCUGCACCCAAAAUCUACCCAACAGUUCCUCCAGCGAAGAGGAGACCAAUUCGAGUGCUCUCGUUGUUCGAUGGGGUGACAACAGGACAUCCAGGAGCGGCCACAUCGAGCGGUGCUGACGAGGGAGACUUGGAGGCUAAAGAGAGCAGUGCCACCUCAGACCUCUGUCCGUUGGCAGGGUACACGGUGCUGAAGGACUUGGGCAUCCAGGUGGAGAAGUACAUUGCCUCAGAGAUCUGUGAGAACCCCAUGGCCGCGGGCAAAGUGCGGCCUGAGGGCAACAUCACCUACGUGCGCGAUGUCAGGAACAUAACCAAGAGAAAUAUUGAGGAGUGGGGUCCUUUUGACCUGGUCAUCGGUGGAAGCCCCUGUGAUGAUGUCUCCCUUGUCAAUCCAACCAGGAAGGCUCUGUUUGAAGGAACUGGCAGGCUGUUCUUCGAGUUCUACCACCUGCUCAACUACGCCCGUCCCAAGGCAGGCGAGGAGCGGCCUUUCUUCUGGAUGUUUGAGAACGUGGUGGCCAUGAGGAUCAACGACAAGAGGGACAUUUCCCGGUUUCUGGAGUGUAACCCAGUUAUGAUUGAUGCAAUCAAGAUAUCAGCUGCCCACAGAGCUCGUUACUUCUGGGGCAACCUCCCUGGGAUGGACAGGAUCUUUGGCUUCCCCCUGCCCUACACGGAUGUCUCCAACAUGGGCCGCGGGACUCGCCAGAAGCUGCUGGGGGGCUCGUGGAGUGUCCCUGUCAUCCGGCACCUCUUCUCCCCACUCAAGGAUUACUUUGCCUGUGAAUAGCAAACUGGAGCGCCCCUCGUCUCUCUGGUAACGAUGCACAGCACCGCUGCUGUGGCGGGAGAGGGACGGGCAUGGCCCCCGGGCUGCCAGGGCCUGUCCCUCCCCGGGGACAGCCUGGGAGAGCCGAGGAAUGUCUGUAACCAAAGAACCUGGCAGGGCAACUUCUGUAAAGGGACUAACAGAGAUCCCUAGUAGGAAAUGAUGGACACGAAGCUUUAAUUAGCCAGCACACGAAGCUCUAUGCAUCGCUGAUGAGAUGGGAGUCUCAUCCUCCAGAGCAUUAUUCCUGUUUAGCCUGGAGCUGGGAAGUCUCCACUUGCUGAGCAGCCAGUGUGCGGGCAGCUGCUGGGGAGCUGCAGGCAAACCUGAACUACAGUGAAUUGGUGCUUUUCCUAAACAAACAAAACCUCUUGAAGUUACUGCCAAAAACCCCCAAACCGUAGCAGCAGGUGUAAGGGACCCUGCUCAGGUUACACACUGAACACGGGAUCAAGAAACCAAAUCUUUUUUGUUUUUAUUUUUUUUUGAUAAAAUUUAAUUUUGUUGUUUUGAUGUCUGUUGCUGCUUU